ACACGAGCGACACCUAGAGGCCAUUUGCGGCUGCUGUUGCAGCACCGCCACGAGCAUUAGAAGGGCGAGGAAAUAGUUAAAGUCUAAAAUCCUAUUACAGAUCUGUUGGUUACACUUUAAACGACUUAACAGGUCACAUGGUCGGAAACCAGCGUUUUACUGAGACACACACACACACACACACACACACACAGAGAGAAAGAUUCCUGGGUCAGAGCUGAACAACAUGGACUUCAUGUCAGAUCGUGAUGUGCAGAAGUACAUGGAGGAUGGGUACGUGGUUCUCGACGGGCUGCUGACCUCCCACGAGUGUGACGAGCUGAGGCAGAGGAUGUCGGAGAUCGUGGAUGAGAUGGACGUGCCGGCGCACUGCCGCACCACCUUCUCCACCAAUCAAGACGAGCAGCUGAAAACGCAGAUGCAGGGAAACGCUGACUAUUUUAUCACCAGCGGAGACAAGAUACGCUUUUUCUUCGAGAAAGGAGUUUUUGAUGACAAAGGUGAAUUCAUCAUUCCAAAACAGCGAUCACUGAAUAAAGUUGGUCAUGCUCUGCAUGCCUAUGAGCCAUUGUACAAAACAGUUACACAUUCAGCCAAAGUUCAGGGCAUCACUAAGAAGCUGGGUCUCGUAAAUCCUGUGAUACUGCAAAGCAUGUACAUUUUUAAGCAACCAGGAAUAGGUGGAGAAGUGACACCUCAUCAAGACGCCACAUUUCUGUACACGGAGCCUCUGGGCCGAGUUAUGGGGAUGUGGAUCGCCUUGGAAGACACCACUCUGAACAAUAGCUGUCUGUGGUUUAUUCCAGGGUCACAAAACAGUGGUAUCUCUCGGCGUAUGGUGCGUACCCCAGAGGGCACCUUCCCCCUGACCGACUUCAUUGGAAAAGAGAUGGCAUACGACGAUGAGAAGUUUAUUCCUGUACCUAUUAAAAAAGGUGGCGUGGUCGUGAUCCACGGUGAGGUGGUGCAUCGCAGUGCUGAGAACAAAUCAGAGGACUCUCGCCACGUCUACACCUUCCACGUCAUGGAAUCCCAGGACACCCAGUGGAGCCCCGACAACUGGCUGCUAUGUGCUGAAGAGGCAGUUUUGAGAGCCUGAGGCAUGCAGCUGAGGACCAAGGUUCAGGCUGCAGCCCACUGAAGAGCUUCCUUUCCCUCCUCUCUACACCAAAUGAAGGACAUCUGGCUGCACAGACACACAAGAUCCCAUCUUUCCUGAAGAGCGACCAACAUGUAUGAACAGUUUCAACCAUAGCUCAUGUGCUCAUGGCUGUUUUUUUAUCUACCAUGACACCAUGUGUUGCUCUGAGCUGCAUGUAGAUUAUAGACCGUAGAGACUGUUUGUGGCCCGAUACUGAAUGACUUCAACAGGAAUUUCAGUCUCUAUAAUGUCAAUUUUUUUUAUAUACUGAAAUGAAUUUGAAUUGAACCCUUUUUAAAAAAUACAACUGAUAUUUAGAUCUACUUUUAUUCAGAGUGUCCUCAUCAACAUUUGCACCAACCAGCAUUUCUCUUGUUCAAGCUCAUUUUCCUUUUCAGAUUUGUGUUUAAACACGAUGGCAGAUUCCUAUUUUUACAGACAAGCAGUGAGCAACAAGUAUGUUGAUUUUAAGACGCAACUCAAAAGAAAAACAUCUUUAUGUAUGAAUGAUUUUAAACAACAUCCAAACUUCUUUAGAUACAUUUGAAAUCAAACUGAGAAACCAAAGGGGUAAUGUUGACGUCUCAUUGAGCCGCACAGGUUCCUCUUCUCCAUCCUCACACCAGCAUUAAACAAAUGGACUGAAAA